UGAACUAGUCCACUCAGAACCGAUACCAGGACUCCUGAUAGCUACUGCAGAACCACUUGUUGCCAUCAUGCUGUUUGUCUGGUUCUGUGUUUUUGUUUCUGCUUUCAUCGGUCGCUUUGUAACCGAACACUCUCUGGUUGACGGAGGCUUUCAAGACGUCCCGGUGAACCGCACCGAUGUUUUAGAAGCGGCGCAGUUUGCUGUGGUUGAAUUCAACAAACUCAACACUGAAGACGUGUUUAAUUACGCGAUUCUGAACACAAUAUCGGCUAAAAUGCAGGUUGUCGGAGGAUUUAACUACUUCCUGGAAAUGCUCCUGGGCCGUGCAACGUGCAAGACCGCUGCUAACGACUGUGACUCCAACUCUGAACCCAAGGCAAGUGAUCCACUUCUGCCCUGUGGAAUAAGAGUAUAUUUUGGCUCAGUGGAGAAGAGUGCACAACCUGCAACCCAGAGGCUGAAGUAA